AUGGUCACUAUCCGAGGCUUUGAACUGAGGCAUAUCCAGGUUCGAGUGUCAUUUGGGUUUUGGAUUUCCCCCGACGCCUGCGAGCUGCGAGUGGAGGACAGCAUCAACCACCUUGAGGUGGCCAUGCCCCGAUCCUUCGGCAAUCGCUUCUGGGCUAACUCCGCUCGGCCUGGCGUGUACGGUACUCGCGGCUGGCCGCAGUUGUUCAGCUACCUCACGGAGUUCUGUUACCCCAAUAACCCGAAGCUGUGCUACUCACCUUCGAUAGACCUGUACGACGUUGCGUUGAUAAAUCCGCUAACGUCCUCGAGCGGCGGUUACGUCUUGCACUAUCUACGGACUUUCUCCCACGGCGACGUAAACAUGGAUGAGGAAUGCGUCAAGGCCAGGGCGUAUCCAGAUUGCGUUCAGGAGGCUCUAGCCAAGCUGCACGGCCUGCGUAUACCCGCGGAGGGGACCAUCGCCGGGGGCGGCCUGGCGGCGGGUCCCGGCGACAUGAACGGCUCGGCAGCAACUACACAGCCGGCGGCCGCCAGUCCUUCCAAAUCACGUUCCACCAAGCUUCCCAUCAUCCUGUCGUUGCUGAUCGGCGUCCCAAUACUCCUGGCAGCCCUGGCGGGGAUGUACUGCUACUAUCGACUGCGUGUACGGCGACGGGAGACCUUCAACACGCCCAUAUACGAUACUGAUGCUGAAGCUGCCAGCAGUACGCCUCUAGCAGCCGCCGGCGCCUCGAGCAGCCAACUCACCAGCAGGGAGCCGUUGCUGGACGGCGGCGACAACGACAAUGGCAGUAGUGGCCACGGCCGGCGUGGUACGACAGCGUAUGGCACCGGUUUCGUAGCCAUCCUUACCGGUCCGGACGGCAUCUGCCUGGGCGGCCUGUUGGGCAGCGGCUCCUUCGGAAAGGUAUUUGAAGCGGCGACGGAUACCCCAAUCAGAGCCGCUGCUACCGCCGCCGGCAGCGGCGCCGCCGCAAUCACUGGCGGCGGCGCCGCCAAGCCGUUCGUGUCUAUGAACUCUCAGAAGACGAACGGAAGCUGGCGGUCUGGAUCCGACGCCGCGGCGAUGAUGACGACGCCGUCGACGAUGCUGGGGACCUCAGCCUCGGGUGGCUUCCGUAGCGGCAGCGGCAGCAGCAGCAACAGUACUCCUUUCCCAGGGCACGGCAAUACUCUGGGGUCUUCGGCGUUGCACUCGCCUGACUGCGAAUUGCCGGAAACCCUAAAGCACAUAAAGCGGACGAAUGCAAGAGAAGAGGAAGAAGCGGAGGAGGAGGAGGAGGAAGAAGUUGCAAGGAGGGAGCGGGAAAUUGAGGCGGAGGUGGAGGCGGAGAUGGACGAGUUCGACGCCACGGUUCCGCCGUACAGCCCCGCGCCGUCGACGGUUGUAGUCAUGCCCGUACCACCAGGAACUCGCCCUGGCACACCUCGACCACCCUUCUCCAGCUCAUCCAAUGCCUUCUUCGGCGCCUCCUCCUCCGCCACCAACAUCCUCAGCAGCGCCCUCAUUACGGGGGCCCUCACUACUCCCCUCUGGACGCCACACAGCACCCCCCGCGUCACGCCACGCGUCACGUCCUGCAGCAGCCCCUGCGCCACGCCGCUGAGCAGCCCCGCCAACACAGCCAAGGUCACCGCCGCCGCCGCCGCCUGUUCCUUGCCGUGCGGUAGCGUCGGCAUCGAGGCUUUUGACUGCACCGCCCCUGGAGCCAUGUCCUCUCCACUCUACGUUUCCUCUGGCCGGCAGGCUCUGCUGCUGCCGCAACAGCAGCAGCCGUCGCCGUUGACGUUGAGUCAGUCGCUGGAGUUACGUUCACCGCCGCCGUCGCCGCUACGACCGCUGCGACCGCUGCCGCCGCCGCCGCCGCCGCCGAAUCCGCCACUGCAGCAGCAGCAACAGGAACAAGGGGCGCUGGCUGGUGAGACAUGGAUUGUAAUGGAGCUUUGUGACGGCGGUUCAUUGGCCGCCGCCGUGCGUCGCGGCGAGUUCCAUUCACGGAACGGUACGCUAGACCUGCCGGGCGUCCUGGCUGUUUUGCGGGACAUCAGCCGCGGCAUGGCCUACUUGCACAGCCGGGGCAUACUGCACGGAGACCUCAAGGCCGAGAACGUCAUGCUCUGUAAGCGGCCAGCCCCGCCAGCGGCGGCUGGAGCAGCGGUGGCGGCGCCGGCCCGUGCCCAAACAAGCGCCAGCGGACUCUGGUGGCGCAAGGCCAGCGCAGGAAGCGCGGCCGGCUCUGCCACGCCCACCCUUGCCCUGCCUUCCGUACACAGUAGCGUGUCAGGCUAUACCUCUCGCUUCGCGCCUGCCAGUGCCAGCACCAGUGGCGAUGCAGCAGCUUCUUCCGCGGACUGUGCCGGUGGCUCGGCGCUGUACGGCACACCUGGAGGCACUUUAUCCGUACAGGAGGGUGGCCUCGACAGCUUCCGUUACGUGGCUAAGGUGUGUGACUUUGGUCUGAGCCGCUCCCUGGACCCGGGUCGUACACACCUCCGUACCGCGGUGGCGGGUAGCGUCUCCCACAUGGCCCCCGAGACGCUGCUCCGCGGGGAGAUGAGGAAGGAAGCUGACGUGUACGCAUUCGGCGUGCUUCCACUUGUCGCGUGCACAUGUAACCUCCUGCACUCCCUCGUGGCCCACCUGGGCGAUCCAACUCCGCACCUUGCAACCCACUCCAUGCCAGUCUGGGAGUUGGUCAGGGGAGCCAAGGCCUAUGAGGGGCUCUCGCAUGGCGAGGUGGUCCAGGCGGUGGUGCUGCGAGGCGGCCGGCCGCAGCUGCCUCCGCAGGCCCACACGCCCACGCGCGUCCUGCCGGAGCCGCUAUCGGAUCUGGCUUCGGAGUGCUGGGCCUCAGACCCGGAUGCUCGUCCCACCUUCGAGGAAAUGGUGAGGGCAGCGCCGCACGGUGGCGCUGCCCCUGAAGUCGUUACCGGCAGCGGGUCGGUGUUCUCAUCCGACACCAGGCCGAUGCAGGCUGGCUUUGCGGGGCUCCUAGCCCACAUGGCCCGUCUCGCCAAGAAGGUGCCUCUGUUCUUGCUGCCGUACCAUCGGCGCCAGCAGUAUGCGUCGCAGCCACAGCUACAGCCUCAGGCAGAGGCGGAGCAGUCCUCGCCGGCUGUGCUCCUGCCAAGCAUCUUCAGCCCGCGUUGUGGGGACGAGCACGGGUCUAAGAUUAAGAAUUGCGAGGAAAGUGCCCCAAAGCAUUGGGACAGCCAGGGAACUCAGUUUGGCACUGGCGCGUAUGCGGCUACUGCGGCGGCGGCGGCGGCGGGGCCCGCGGCAGCAGCGGCGAAGCCCAUUGACGCGACGGAGGCGGCGGAGGGGGGAAUUGAGCUGGCGGCCGCCCUUGAAAGGUUUAGCUUCGGCCAGAUGCUACAGUAG